AUGACACAACUUGUUUUUCAGUGUUUGAAAGGAAAAGAGAGGAGAGAGAUUGAGGAAAGUUGGUGCUAUCCUUUGGAGAUGAGAUUGAAAGACAAUAUUAUAGGACAAGAAGGAGCCAUUCUCACAGUUGCUGCAGCAAUUCGUAGAAGAGAAAAUGGUUGGUAUGAUGAAGAACAUCCCCUUGUGUUUCUCUUUCUUGGAUCUUCAGGGAUUGGAAAAACAGAGCUUGCCAAACAAGUGGCUCGUUGUCUUCAUAAAGACAACAGGAAGUGUUUGGUAAGACUGGACAUGUCUGAAUACCAAGAAAAGCAUGAGGUUGCGAAAAUGAUCGGUGCACCACCAGGUUACCUUGGACACGAUCAAGGCGGACAAUUGACAAAGGAACUCAUAAAGUGUCCAAACGCUGUGGUGUUAUUUGACGAGGUGGAGAAGGCCCACCCAGACGUUUUAACAGUCAUGCUCCAAUUGUUUGACGAGGGUCGUUUGACGGACGGACAAGGGAAGACAAUUGUAUGUAAAGACGCCAUUUUUGUGAUGACUUCAAACCUUGCUAGUGAAGAAAUAGCAAAUCACGCAUUGGAGCUGAGAAAAGAAGCAAAACUAGCUGCUGAACAAAGACAAGAAGGUGAGUUUUGUGAUGAAGUCAGCGAAAAAGUUACUUUAUCAAGAAAUUUUAAAGAAAGAGUGGUCCAGCCUAUUCUGAAGAGUCAAUUCGGACGUGACGAGUUCCUGGGUCGCAUCAAUGAGAUUGUGUACUUCCUGCCAUUUUCACGCCCAGAGCUUUUAAGCUUAGUGACGAAAGAGCUGGAUUACUGGUCAGAAAUGGCGUUGAAUCGACACAAUAUCCACAUGACUUGGGAUAAAGAAGUCUUGAAUGUACUGGCUGAUGGCUACGACGUACAUUACGGUGCGAGGUCAAUCAAACACGAAGUUGAAAGAAGAGUCGUCAAUCAACUUGCUGAUGCGCAUGAGCAAGAGUUAAUAACUCGGGGAUGCACUCUACACUUAACAGUGAGCUACCCCAAAGAUAAAACUGGAUGGAACUCAGAGGAAGUAGCUCCUACCAUCAAACUGCAGCUCUUUAAGGAAGGAAAAAAGAAAGUUGACAUUGAUGUUGGAAACCAUUUCGUUCCUGAAGAUAAACUGUUCGUUUGAAGAAGAGAAAGCGAGCAACUAACGACCCAGGAACGGAAAUGAAUUUGAAGACACUUGGUCUUGAGGAUUCACACGUUAAGUGUAUAAUGUUCAUGGAGAGCAUGUUGGCUGAAUUUUUAGUGUAGAGCCUCAUAAUGGUGCGCCAGGUGCGCCUACGGUGUUAUACAUGCGUGACAUUUUUCGGACGUUACAUGUACGAGUAAGUGAUCCGUUUGAGGGUCACCGAGUUAGUGUAAAUAUUUGACCCCUCAAUAUCACGUAGUGUCUCUAGUCUACAGAGGUCUUAGAAGACUUCAUUACAUGGAUUUACCUUUCGCGGGUAAAAGGUUAAAAGCGAAUUUCUCGGGCGUAAUUGCCUUUGAUUUCUCAAUUGAUGUUGUUGCAAAUACAGUUUUAAGGAGUCACGAAACAAAAAAACUUAUCAGGACCUAUUUUCAUGUUCUAAUGGAAAUAAAUAGCAAAUAAUAACAAAUUCUCUUGAGAAAUAAAGUUAUAAAUAACUGGGGUUCUUUGAAACAAAUGGUGAUAGAAAAGGUUUCAGUUCUGGUCAAUAUUGACUUUUCAUAGCCUUCUUCCAAAUCUGAGGGAACGCGCUGAGGGAAUAAAAAAAACAUACAUGUGUUAUAAUGCAAG